UUAUUGCCAUCAAGAAUGCGUGCUUGAGAUGUAUCUGAGUAGUGAGGCCCCCUGCAUACACAGCUCCUAGAAAUCAUUGUCUGCAUCGCUGAGUCUUGGACUCCUGCUCCGUUCCAUGCACAGGAUGGACUUGCUCUGGGAAUGAAUCUGGUUGAUGCAUUGGAGAAGGCUGUUCUCUGGAGUACCCCUGCCUCCCUUCCAGCAGAAGUCGGGACGUGCGUGGUGGACGAGGCAGGGGAUUGCAGAAGGCAGGAGCCAUCCUGGUGCUCUGUGCAGCUGCAUGCUGCCCUGGCGAGCGGGACUCCCUUCCUGGCUGUGCUGCAGACUUCCUAGGGGAUGCUAGUUGCUGAUAUGUGUUCAAGAUGAGUGGGAUGGGAGAAAAUACCUCUGACCCAUCCAGAGCAGAGUCAAGAAAGCGCAAGGAUCCCGAUCAGGUUGGACCCAGCCCUAAAAGAAGCACUGAGAAACGCAAUCGUGAGCAAGAGAAUAAAUACAUUGAAGAACUUGCAGAGCUGAUUUUUGCAAAUUUUAAUGAUAUUGACAACUUUAACUUUAAACCUGACAAAUGUGCAAUCUUGAAAGAAACUGUGAAGCAAAUUCGUCAGAUAAAAGAACAAGAAAAAGCAGCAGCAGCUAAUGAAGAUGAAGUGCAAAAGGCAGAUGUAUCGUCUACAGGUCAGAGUGUCAUCGACAAGGAUGCACUUGGACCAAUGAUGCUUGAGGCCCUAGAUGGGUUCUUCUUUGUAGUGAACCCGGAAGGUAAUGUUGUGUUUGUUUCUGAGAAUGUGACACAGUACCUGAGGUACAACCAAGAAGAGCUGAUGAACACAAGCAUAUACAGCAUCCUGCAUGUAGGGGACCACAAUGAAUUUGUCAAAAUCCUGCUGCCAAAAUCUUUAGUGAAUGGGGGAUCUUGGUCUGGUGACACUCCUAGGCGUAAUAGCCAUACCUUUAAUUGUCGGAUGCUGGUAAAACCUCUUGCUGAUUCUGAAGAAGGCCAUGAUAACCAGGAAGCACAUCAGAAAUAUGAAACUAUGCAGUGCUUUGCUGUUUCUCAACCAAAUUCUUUCAAGGAGGAUGGUGAAGAUUUGCAGUCUUGCUUGAUUUGUGUUGCAAGAAGAGCUCCAAUGAAGGAGAGACCCCUUCUUCCUUCGUCAGAGAGCUUUACUACACGCCAGGAUCUUCAAGGCAAAAUAACUUCACUGGACACAAGUACCAUGCGAGCAGCUAUGAAACCUGGCUGGGAGGAUUUGGUGAGAAGAUGCAUUCAGAGGUUCCAUUUGCAGCACGAGGGAGAAAUAUCUUUUGCCAAGAGGCAUCACCAGGAAGUGCUGAGGCAGGGACUGGCCUUCAGUCCUGUGUAUCGCUUCUCCCUGGCGGAUGGCACCAUCGUCUCUGCCCAAACGAAGAGCAAGCUCAUCCGUUCUCAGACGACCAGUGAACCUCAGCUUGUAAUCUCCUUGCAUAUGCUUCACAGAGAGCAGAAUGUCUGUGGAAUGAAUCAGGAUUUGACUGGACAAGGAAUGGGGAAGAUAUUGAACCCAAUUAGUUCCAGCAGCCCUGCCCAUCAGGCCAUGUGCAGUGGGAACCCAGGUCAGGAUAUGACCAUCAGUAGCAAUAUAAAUUUUGCCAUAAAUGGCCCAAAGGAGCAAGUGGGCAUGCCAGCAGGCAGGUUUGGUGGUUCAGGGGGAAUGAACCAUGUGUCAAGCAUACAAGCAUCCACUCCUCAGGGUAGUAACUAUGCACUAAAAAUGAAUAGCCCCUCACAAAGCAGCCCUGGCAUGAACCCAGGGCAGCCAAACUCUAUGCUUUCCCCAAGGCAUCGCGUGAGCCCUGGAGUGGCGGGAAGUCCUCGCAUCCCACCCAGUCAGUUCUCCCCUGCAGGGAGCUUGCAUUCACCUGUGGGAGUCUGCAGCAGCACAGGAAAUAGCCAUAACUACACCAACAGUUCCCUGAACGCACUUCAGGCCCUCAGCGAGGGCCACGGCGUUUCUCUCGGAUCCUCGUUGGCUUCACCUGACCUAAAAAUGGGAAAUUUACAAAAUUCCCCCGUGAAUAUGAAUCCUCCCCAGCUAAGCAAGAUGGGAAGCCUGGACUCUAAAGACUGCUUUGGAAUAUAUGGGGAGCAAUCAGAAGGUACAACUGGACAAGCAGAGAGCAGCUGCCAUUCAGGAGAACAGAAAGACAACAGCGAUAGCAGCAUGCCGCCGGUCGUCAGCGGCGAGAGACCUGAUGGACAGAAUAAACUGCACGAUGGAAAAAGCCAGACAAAGCUCUUACAAUUGCUGACCACCAAAUCAGAUCAGAUGGAGCCUUCACCUUUGUCCAGUACCAUGGGAGACAUUAGCAAGGACUCCACGGGAGGGUUGCCUGGGUCUGGUUCAGCACACGGAACCUCGCUCAAGGAGAAGCAUAAAAUUUUGCACAGACUAUUGCAGGACAGUAGUUCUCCUGUAGAUUUGGCCAAGCUCACAGCAGAGGCCACAGGCAAAGAACUGAACCAGGAGUCCAGUAGCACAGCUCCUGGUUCAGAGGUGACUGUUAAACAGGAGCCAGCGAGUCCUAAGAAGAAUAAUAAUGCACUACUUCGCUACUUGCUAGAUAAAGAUGAUACUAAAGAUAUUGGUUUACCAGACAUACCCCCAAAACUGGAGCGGUUGGACAGUAAGACAGACCCUUCCGGUAGCACAAAGUUAAUAGCGAUGAGGACGGAAAAAGAAGAGAUAAGCUUUGAGCCUAACGAACAGCCGGGCAGCGAGUUGGAUAACUUGGAAGAGAUUCUGGAUGACCUGCAGAACAGCCAGUUACCACAGCUUUUCCCAGAUAGCCGCCCAGGCGUGCCAGCAGGCUCGGUGGACAAGCAAGCCAUCAUCAAUGACCUCAUGCAGCUCACCAGUGACAGCAGCCCCGGCGCGGCAGUGGCCAGCCAGAAACCAGCAAUGAGGAUGUCGCAGAGCACUUUUAAUAACCCACGAGCAGGGCAACUGGGCAGGUUAUUACCAAACCAGAAUUUACCACUUGAUAUAACACUGCAGAACCCAACAGGUGCAGGAACUUUCCCACCCAUAAGAACGAGCAGCCCCUACUCAGUGAUACCUCAGCCAGGACUGAUGGGCAGGAGUGAAGGGAUGAUAGGAAGUCAAGGAACUUUAGGCAACAGCAGCACAGGGAUGAUCGGUGGCGCUGCCCCUCGGCCCGCCAUGGCCUCUGGAGACUGGGGCGGCCAGGCUCCCGCCGUGAGGGUGAGCUGCGCGCCCACGGCCGGCGCCAUGGCCCGCCCGGUGCAGGCGGGCAUGAUCCGCACCCCCACGGCCAGCAUCCCCCUGAGACCCAGCGGCCAGCCCGGCCCCAGGCAGAUGCUUCCAUCUCAGGUCAUGAAUAUGGGGCCAUCUGAAUUGGAAAUGAACAUGGGAGGACCUCAGUAUAGCCAACAGCAGGCACCUCCAAAUCAGACUGCACCGUGGCCAGACAGCAUCUUGCCUAUAGAACAGGCAACUUUUGGUAAUCAGAACAGGCAACCGUUUGGCAGCUCACCAGAUGAUCUCUUGUGUAAUCAUCCUUCAUCAGAGUCACCAAGUGAUGAGGGUGCUCUCCUGGAUCAGCUUUACAUGGCAUUAAGGAAUUUUGAUGGUUUAGAAGAAAUCGACAGGGCUCUAGGAAUACCAGAACUAGUGAGCCAGAGCCAAGCUGUCGACCCCGAGUCGUUCCCGAGCCAGGAGUCGGGCAUGCUGCUGGAGCAGAAGGCUCCGGUGUUCUCGCAGCAGUACGCGGCGCAGGCGCAGAUGGCGCAGGGCAGCUACGCGCCCAUGCAGGACCCCGGCUUCCACGGCAUGGGGCAGCGCCCGGGCUACACCGCGCUGCGCAUGCAGCCCCGGCCCGGCCUGCGCCCCGCGGGCCUCGUGCAGAGCCAGCCCAACCAGCUGCGGCUGCAGCUGCAGCACCGGCUCCAGGCGCAGCAGAAUCGGCAGCCACUGAUAAAUCAGAUCAGCAGCGUCUCCAACAUGAAUCUGUCUUUGAGAACUGGAGUGCCAACACAGGGCCCCAUCAACGCGCAGAUGCUGGCGCAGAGGCAGCGGGAGAUCCUGAGCCAGCACCUGCGGCAGCGGCAGAUGCAGCAGCAGCAGCAGCAGGUGCAGCAGCGCACGCUGAUGAUGCGAGGGCAAGGCCUGAGCAUGACCCCCAGCAUGGUGGCCACCGGCGGCAUCCCAGCGACCAUGAGCAACCCGCGCAUCCCGCAGGCGAAUGCACAGCAGUUCCCGUUUCCUCCGAACUACGGUAUUAGUCAGCAGCCCGAUCCAGGCUUCACAGGGGCCACCACUCCUCAGAGUCCACUGAUGUCACCAAGACUGGCUCACACUCAAAGCCCCAUGAUUCAGCAGUCUCAGGCUAAUCCUGCCUAUCAGUCCUCUACGGAAAUGAAUGGGUGGGCACAAGGGAAUAUGGGUGGUAACAGCAUGUUUUCACAACAGUCCCCACCACAUUUUGGGCAGCAAGCAAGCACCAGCAUGUACAACAAUAACAUGAACAUCAGUGUAUCCAUGGCAACCAACACAAGUGGUAUGAACAACAUGAACCAGAUGACAGGGCAGAUCAGCAUGACCUCAGCGACCUCUGUGCCUACAUCAGGGUUGUCCUCCAUGGGUCCUGAGCAGGUUAAUGAUCCUGCUAUGAGGGGAGGCAAUCUCUUUCCAAACCAGCUGCCUGGAAUGGAUAUGAUAAAGCAGGACGGAGAUGCAGCGCGGAAAUACUGCUGACGCUGAGGGCGGUUUGGUUGCUCCUUUCUUCAGCUGACUGGGCUGACGGCCCCAAACCCUUACCAGUUUGAAGAGCUGUGUCUGUUUGUCUGUCCCGGCGGAGCUGCCAGCCCCGGCGGCUGCCUGCUGCCCACAGGACUCAGCCCUGCCUUCCCGAGGGGAGCCGGGGGUCCCUGCCCAAGAGCAGCCUCUUCUUUGACAGUCUGAAGCUAGCGUACAGACAUUGCUCAGUCUGUUCACUGCAUUCACCUUAGUGCAACUUAGAUCUCUCCUGCAAAGUAAAUGUUGACAGGCAAUUUUCAUAAACCAUGUCAGAUUGAAUGUAUUUAAAUGUAUGUAUUUAAGGAAAAACAACCAUGCUCUUGUUCUGUUUCUGUUUAGUUCUAGACCUUGGGGUUUUUUUGCUUUGUUUUCCCUGGCUUACACAGUCUGGUGCAAAGGAUUCAGUUCUGUCUGAAAACUGGUGUUUUAGACUAAGGCCUGCAUUUUGGGGCGGAGAGGAGGCAUGGAGGAGGGCGUAGAAGCAACGUCUGGUACAUUUAGAGACCUCCAACAAGCGUGUUCCACUGACAGCAAGUCAGAGAAGAUCAACUGAUGCAGAAAACUAUACAGACCAAUUUUGAAUGGGGUUCAAGUUGUAAAACAGAUGAAAACUACCCUGUGAGAGGGCUGUUUAUAAGGGGUGAUUUGGUUGGGUUUUGUGGUAGUGUUUAUGAUGCAAGUCAUGAAUCCAAACAUACAAGUUGGUUACAUUCUCAUUUAAUUAAAUUCCUAACAAUCAGCAAAUCUGUUUUUUUUUUUUAACCUGGCUCUCCUGACCUCUGUCAUCUUACUCUUUCUAAUAGAAUUAAAAAACAGGUUACUCCGUUAUUUCCUUAGGUGUGUUUCCAGCAAUCUGCACAGCCAGUUACUGGAUGCUGAACAGCAGAGUUCAAUGGUAAUGCAUGUAAUGAUUAUGGUAGUGGCAGAAUUGGUGCAUAAUAUCAAAGAUACCUGCUUUAAAGCAUGAUAAUUUCUGGUUCCCAUCCCCUUAGCUGGGAAAGUAACAAUUCCUGUAAUACCUAUAGCAGAUAUCACUACAGACUUCACCACUAUCAUGUUUCUGAUUAUUUUAAAGCAGUGUGGACUACGAGGACGUUUUGUAAGGUACAUAAAAUCCAGUUUAUAUGUAAACAAGCAAUAAUUUAAGUUGAAAACUUAAGUGUUUUACUUGUAUAAUUUUUGUGAGAUAUACAUGUUGUGAAGUUGAUUCCAAAUGAGGUACUUCAGUAUUAAAUUAGAUAUCUUCUUAGCCGUGUGUGUCUCCUGGAAAAGUGUUUUGUAAAGGAUCACAAUGCCUUGAUUAGACCUAAUUUGUAGGCUUGAGACUUCUCAUUUUCUAAGCCUUGUGAUUCUGCUCAUAAUACCAUUUAAUUAACCUAUAUUAUAUGCAGCCACUGUAGGAACCAGUUCUUGAUUUUUGUAUGUUUAUAUCCUUUCGUAACAAAUCUUAGAAAAACUGUUACUAAGCAGGCCACUGUUAAGGCAUGUUGGUUUUUUUUCCUUGCCCACUGUGGUUUGAAUAAUCUUUUACUAUACUGACAUCAGUUUCUGAGGACUUGGAAUAUUAAGAAAUUGAUGAGUUUGACCUGUUUUGUUUCUGCUGACUCCUAAUUGUUUAGGAAUGGUACUCCCUAAUUUAGUGCUCCCACUGAGACUCUCC